CUGAGACGUCCACGAAGUCCUUUCAGAGAUCGAGACUUGGUCGUCGCCAAUAUACAGAAUAUAUCUCCAUUGAAGAACACAGAACUUGGAUCGCAGCAUUGUCAUGUUUUCCGCAAUCGGCAGAGCAGCAAUUGGGAGGAUUGGGGGAGGUAGAUCAACAGCACGCGUCCCGCAACAGAUCCAGCGCGUCCAGAUCACGCAGAGUGGAAAGAAUGCGCUGCAAUCAGAAUUCCAAGGACGCGCUCUUGUCAUUCUCUCCAGCAAGCGCCUUUACAGCGCUUCUACCACCAAGCCAGCCAAGCCAGCUUCAGAUAAGCCAGCUAAGAAAGGCGCCUCUACCACUACCAAGAAGGCCGUGAAGAAACCGGCAGCAAAGAAGGCGAAGAAGGAGCUGACCGAGAAGCAGCAAGAGAAGAAGGAGGCGGAUGCUGUUAGGGCGAAGGUACAGGCACAGAAGAAGAAGGAGAGGAAGGUCGUGGAGGAUGGGAAAGCCAAAAUUCGAGAGCUGAAGGCCAAGGUCUUGACUCCACCAAAGCAGCUCCCUGCUACUGCCUGGACAGUAUUGAACUCAGAGUCCAUCUCGCAGAACCCGGGGCUUCCACUGGCAGAGUUGGUCAAAGAUGCGGCCGCCAGAUACAAGACUCUAGAUACAUCUACACGAGAGACCUAUAACCAAAAGGCCAACGCAAAUAAGGCCUCAAAUGAUGCAAGCUACGAAGCCUGGGUGGCAUCUCUAUCCCCUCAACAGAUCUACGACUCAAACCAUGCCCAGCAACGCUUAAAGCACCUUGGCCUGAUAAGACCAGGAAAGCAUCUGAAGAUCGAUGACCCCAGAAUCCCCAAGAGACCUUUGCCCGCAUACAUACUUUUCGUCAAGGAGAGAUACGCCAGCGGCGACUUCAAGGGAAUCUCUCCAGUCGAGGCAGCGAAGGUUCUGGCCCAGGAGUUCAAGGCCCUAUCAGAAUCCGAGAAGAAGUUAUAUGAGGACCUCGCUGUGGCAGAGCGCGAAAGAUAUGCCAAGGAGAUGACCAACACUUUCGGGACAACCAGGCCAGUCGCAUCAUCGGUCUCGUCGUAAAUAUGUGAAUAUUGUUGAAAUUAGCUUUUGCGAUGCGAGCCCUUCUCCUUUGGCCCUAUGUCGAUGUAUGAUUUUUAGCCCUUAUGGUAUACAAUUCCGGAGCUGUCCGUGGCGGAAGCGGUUUGUACUGUAGAUGAGAGACGCUUGCAAUCUCACCAGGCGGGUUAGCUCUUUGCUGGGUUCUGACGAUACGAUUAGUGGUUGUGUACGAUGCUGUUCUCCUUUCUUUAUUUAUGGGAUGAGAGGGGAAGGGGGUGGG